AUGCAUAGGAAGCUGAGGAUCUCAGAGUAUGAUCCCUUGUUGCAUAAGCUUGCUGGUUUGUUCAGAGCGUGGGCUGUCAAAAUGCUUAGUUAUGCAGGCAGAGUGCAGCUGUUGUCGUUGGUAGUAAACGGAAUGCUUAUCAAGUUUAUUGGAGACUCGGGCCCAAGAGACAUCAGAGUUCCACUCUCGGCUUCGGUAAGGGACGUCACAAACGAAACAGGUUGGAGACUCCCUCAGCCACGAUCUGACAGCGCGCUUGCUCUGCACAUCCACCUCACAACAGUAGACCUGCCGCUUCAGGAUCAUACUGCAGACACUUUCCACUGGGUUGUUGAAUCAAAGGAAUGCAAAGGUUUCUCUUCUUCAAGGACGUGUGAAGCGCUAAGGCCGAGGGCUCAAGUGAAGGACUGGGCUCGUUCAGUGUGGUUCAGCAGAGCAAUACCAAGACAAGCAUUCAUCAUGUGGCUUGCAAACCUCAACAGACUACCGACAAAAGUGAGGCUCGCAUCCUGGGGACUUAACAUCCAAACGGCUUGUUGCUUCUGCAAUACACAUGAUGAAACGCGUGAUCACCUCUUCCUAGAAUGCAGCUAUAGCACUGCCUUAUGGCUGCGAAUCUUUGCAAGGCUUGAUCCCAACCGAACGGCUUUCCUCUCAUGGGAAGAACUUCUCUCCUGGAUACGAUUCUCCACAGCAUCAGCCCCAUCCACCAUCAUGAAGCUAGCGACUCAGUCCAUGAUCUACAUCUGGAGGCAGCGCAACUCGGCAGUUCAUCUCAUUGGAUUCUCCCCGCAGCAGACAACAUUCGCCACCAUAGACAGGGAUAUCCGUAAUGCCAUUAGUGCGAGAAGACAUAGGAGGAAAUUCACUACUCUUAUGCAACUUUGGAUUAGAUAG